UGAAGGAGCCAAGCUUUGAAAGAGCCACCUGCAUUAUUUCGGUAGCUUAAGAACGAAUUUGGUUGGUAAUAUUAUUUUUAAGUGGCAACACUGAUUUCCCAUCACCCAUAAACGUUUGAUAGUUCGCCGAAACCAACGGACACCUGUACAUCAAGUUAAAGUUUUUGACACUAAAAAAAAUUACAUUAUGGAGAAACCUGGUUCAGAAAAACGAAAAAGACCCGAAAAAGAGGCAAUCGAAGAAGCAGUCAGUGAAGUUUUGCAGAAAGGUCAGUCCAUAAACAAAACUGCACUUGCCUUAAAUAUAUCGAGGGCUUAUUUAGCUAAAAUAGUUAAAAAAGUAAAAGCUUCUGGUGAAUUAUCUUAUAAACACUGUCCUAAUAUAGGGAAUAAGCGUAUUUUUACAAGAGACCAGGAGAAUAUGCUCGCAGAUUAUUUAAAGACGGCUUCUAAAAUGUGCUAUGGCCUAACUAGGCAGCAAACUAAGAAGCUAGCAUUUGAUUAUGCCAUGGCUGAUGAUAUUUGCCCAGAUAAAUGGAAGGAAAUUGAAACUGCUAGUGACGAUUGGCUCAAAGGGUUUAUGAGCAGACACAAAGACUUAGCUGUGCGAAAACCUGAAAGCACUUCUCUAUCCCGUGCAACAAGUUUUAAUAAAACAAAUGUAAACAACUUUUUUGAGAAACUGACCACUGUUUUACGCAAACACAAUUUUCUUCCCCAUAUGAUUUUUAACGCCGACGAAACAGGCUGCAGCACCGUCACCAAUCCACCUAAAGUGAUAGCCGAAAGAGGUUCAAAACAAAUUGGGCAAGUUACCUCAGGUGAACGAGGAACAUUGGUGACAACUCUGUUCUUUAUUAAUGCUGCUGGUGGUUUCUUACCGCCUAUUUUUGUGUUUCCUAGGGUGAACUACAAAGAUAUUAUGUUAAAUAAUGGUCCACCUGGAGCUCUAGGGUUGGCUCAACCUUCUGGAUGGAUGACUGAAGACUGUUUCGUUAAAGCGCUUGAACACUUUGUGACUUAUAUUAGACCAUCAAAGGAAAAUCCAGCAUUGAUUUUAAUGGAUAAUCACAGCUCUCAUGUGAAUCUCAGAGUGGUUGAAUUUGCCAGACAAAACUCAAUCGUUAUAGUUACAUUCCCGCCGCACUGCAGUCACAAACUGCAACCACUCGAUGUCACUGUAUAUGGCCCUUUUAAAACUAGAUACCGCAUUGCCAUGAAUGAAUGGAUGUUGUCAAACCCUGGUAAAACGGUGACCAUUUAUCAAGUUGGACAAAAUAUAACUCAAGGAUUUUUGAAAACAGGAAUUUAUCCUCUAAAUUCUAAUAUAUUUAAUGAGGAAGAAUUUUUAACUUCAUAUGUGACUGAUAGACCUGAUCCGUCACAGUCAAAAGAUGGCGGUGAGCUAAAAUCGGACAAGGAAAAUAUUGAAACUAACUUAAGAUCUACACCUCCUCCUUCUACAAAAAUAUUUGAAGCAUGCGAAGAAAAUGAGGUUGUAGCAGGCCAGAAUAUCAGAUCAUCUUCCGAUUUAAUCUCUGCCCCUAUGGUUGCGAUUCCAAGUACUUCUAGGCAACAAAUUAUAUCGCCCGAAAUGGUAAGACCAUUUUCUAAAGCAGGGCCAAGACAAAACACGACACGCAAUAAUAGAAAAAUGUCAUCAGCCAUUGUAACUGACACACCCGAAAAGGAAAAAUUAGAAGGGAAAGAGAGUAAUGCAAAAAAAACAAAACUUAAUAUUAAGAAAAUGACUACAAAACAGUCAAUAAAAACUCUUAACAGAAAAUCAAAAAUAAAUCAAGAAAAUUUGGUACUGCAAUAUGAUUCCGAUUCGUCUGACUCUAUCGUAUUGGCUGAAGUAAAAAAAAAAGUUAUUCAAAACAAAGCAAACUGCAAAACAAAUAAAAUUAGUGAAGAUUGCGUUAUAUGCAGCAAACCAUAUAAAAACAGUGAUCAAGAUUGGUUUCAGUGCAAAAUUUGUUCUGGUUGGGCUCACGAAUCCUGUGGUAUUAAGGGGCAAUUUAAUUUCUUUUGCAAUAAGUGCUUCUAAUUUUAAGUAAAUAACAAUAUUCUGUUCCUAAAAAGUCUGAUUAGUUAUCUUAAACUUAAGCAAAUAGAUAGUUAAGAUUUUAAGCUUAAAAUGAGCAAUAUUUUUUUAUUGAAGUUCUUAAAUAUUUAAUGAUGUUUUCAUUUAUAAAAGAUAUUUAUUAUUUUGUUUAUUUUUCGAGACUGUUAUUUAUGAAAAAUAAUCCGCCUCUAAUAAAUAGGUAUGACUGAAUAAUGUUAAGAUAAAGAUGUGUGUUAGAAUUACCUAAAACGACCGAUAGAAUAAAAAAAAUUAUAAAAAUGUUAUUUUGUAUUUAAAAAGAAUUUGUUAGAAAUAUCCUUUUGCUUUUUCCUAAUACUGCAAUGAUUACUA